AUGUCUCCCGGACGGAUAGUUGAAGAAAACGAGUACGACUUCAUUGUGUGCGGCGGAGGCACAUCAGGAUGUGUGGUAGCGGGCAGACUUGCCGAAGACACCAAUGCUCGCAUUCUCGUUGUCGAGGCUGGGCCUCAUAACAAAGAUCUCGAGAACGUCCACAUGACCGGUGGCUGGUCGAAGAAUUUCGAUGGAGAACUCGACUGGAACCUGAUCACUCCGCCCAUGAAAGGCAUCGACGGCAGACAAGUCAAGCUCAGCCGAGGCAAGUUCUUGGGAGGAUCCAGUGGUGUCAAUGGCACCGUGUGUGUCAGAGGCAGCAAGCAAGACUACGACGACUGGAAUCUUCCGGGAUGGUCAGGAGAAGAAUUCUUCGAGUACAUGCGCAAGGCCGAGACAUUCCACCCUAAGCCGUGGUUUCAAGCCGACGAGAAAGCCCACGGUUACAGUGGCCCGCUCCAUACAGAGCCGCAUGAUGUUGCACCUAUCUCGAACCUGCUACUCGAAAGCAUGCAAGACAUGGGUUUGCCAUUGGUGCACGACAUGUUCAGCAACGGCGAGACCUCCCACGGCUGCGGCCAUGCGCCCCGAACUGUCCACAAAGGUAUCAGAUCUACCGGCGCGGACUUCGUGACUAACGAUCAGCAUAAAGCUAACAUCGACCUCAUGGUUGAAACCGUUGUGGACAAGAUCAACUUCGAGGAGAGGAAUGGCGAGUUGCAUGCCACCAGUGUGGUGCUUGUCGACAAGAACGGCACAAAAAGAGAAGUCAAGGCCAAAAAGGAAAUUGUUGUCUCUGGAGGUAGCGCAUAUUGUUCUCCAGCAAUUCUCCUUCGAUCUGGCAUCGGUCCCAAGGCCGAGUUGGAACAGUUGGGCAUCAAGUGCCUUGUUGAUUCCCCCGGAGUUGGAAAGGGUUUGAUGGAUCAUCUUAUCGUGUUUGCCUUUUACGAGGUCUCCAAGGAAGGGUUGACCAACGAUCAUCUUGUGUACCAUGGAGACGCUGCCACAGCUGCAUAUAUGCUAUACAAGGAAAAGAAAGAAGGAGUCCUCUCCACGUUCCCGUUUGGCGCCUUUGCCUUCGCGAGGCUAGACAAUCGCCUGAAAGAUGAGCCACUGUGGAAAGAGGCAAAGAGGCAGCCUGGCCGUGACCCGAUGGGCCUGACUCCCAAGCAGCCCAACGUUGAAUUUUUCACCACCGAGUUGUACGGUGGUCCUAAGCAAUAUGAUCAAUUUCCCAUCGACAAGAAACACGCCUUCGCCAUGAUAACCGAGCUAUUUUCACCUCGUUCAAGGGGCACAGUUACUUUGAAGUCCGGGGACCCUCUCGAGAACCCUGUGGUUGAUUGCAAUUACCUUGCCGACCCGCUCGACAUGCUGGUUGUCUCCGAGGGCGUUAGGUUCGGCAACGAGAUUGUCAUGAACCUGAACAAGGUUGCCAAAGAAGAGGUUGUGAAAGGGUCGUGGCCAUCAGAUCUAACACAUCACACUUACACCAAACGGGAAGAAUGGGUGCCUUAUGUCAAAAAGGAGGGUACCACAUGCUAUCAUCCUGCAGGGACUUGCAAGAUGGGUCGGGAUGAGGACAAGAUGGCCGUUCUUGAUGAGAAGCUUCAAGUCCGUGGAGUAAAGGGCCUCAGCGUUGCUGAUACCAGCGUGAUGCCUACUUUGAACGGUGGCCACACUCAAAUGCCGGCGUACGGCAUCGGUGAGAAAGCAGCUGAUCUGAUCAAGGCACGAUGGUCCAAGGCGUAG